UAAAGUAUUGGCUCAAGUGGAUUCGGCAGGAAAAUGCGCGGGAACGGAUUUCCAUCCAUUAAUUAAAGUUUAACUUUAUGAUAAGUUCCAUGCAUUCUGAGGUGACGAAAGCAUGCAAGCUUUCUUGAAAACAGGAAAAUUAGGACCAGGAGAACCGAAAAGGGCUUCGACUUCUCGUGCCAAAGAAGAACGCAGUGGCCCUGCACCACCAUGGGUUGAAAAAUAUCGUCCCAGAACUGUGGAAGAUGUAGUUGAACAAGGGGAAGUAGUUGAAGUAUUAAAGCAAUGCAUGAAAGGUAGUGAUUUUCCAAACUUGUUAUUUUAUGGUCCUCCUGGAACUGGUAAAACAAGUACUAUAUUGGCGGCAUCCAGACAAUUGUUUGGUAGUCUCUAUAAAGAAAGAAUAUUGGAAUUGAAUGCUUCAGAUGAGAGAGGUAUCCAAGUUGUGAGAGAUAAGAUAAAGUCCUUUGCUCAGCUUACUGCUGGUGGCAUGAGAGAUGAUGGGAAAAGCUGCCCACCUUUUAAAAUUAUUAUUCUUGAUGAAGCAGAUAGCAUGACUAGUGCAGCACAAGCUGCACUUCGUCGUACCAUGGAAAAAGAAUCACAUAGUACACGUUUCUGUUUGAUUUGCAAUUAUGUUUCAAGAAUCAUAGAACCAUUAACUUCUCGUUGUACAAAGUUCAGAUUCAAACCACUUGGAGAAGAAAAAAUUAUUGAAAGAUUAGUUUACAUAUGUAAAGAAGAGGACCUGAAGGCAGAAAAGCCUGUUUUACUAAAGAUUGUAGAAGCUUCAGGAGGAGAUUUAAGACGUGCCAUAACAUGUUUACAAUCUAUUACAAGGUUAAAGGGUAAAGGAAUUGAAAUCACUAUUGAUGAUGUCCUUGAAAUUAUUGGGAUUGUUCCUGAUAAAUGUUUGGAUGAAUUAUUGGAUGUGUGCAAAACAAAAGAUUAUAGCAAGGCAGAAGCUUUUGUUGAUAACUUCAUGUUGGAAGCACAUGCCACAUCGCAAGUAAUUGAACAAUUGAGUGAAAAAAUUAUAUAUUCCAAUGAAUUAACAGAUAAACAGAAAGCUACAAUAGCUGAUAGACUUGGAGAGUGUAACUAUAGGCUACUGGAUGGUGGAAGUGAAUAUAUACAAUUUAUAAAUCUUUGUUGUGGUAUCAUA